AUGCAUACCCAAAUCCUCUACACUUACGCGCUGGUCGCAUUCGCCAGUUGCGUCCUCGCUGCUCCUGCUCCUGUCGGGACCUCGGGGUCACUCAAAUUAACGUCUACAUCUGUAUCCAAGAAUCUCGUAGCUCGAGCACCAUUCGUGAUUUAUGGGAAAUCUUUUGAGGAGGAUGGUGCUCCUUCGUUUGAGAAGCAGAGAAGGGUUGAUGGAUUCGCACUCCCAGUCUCAAAAACAACAGUAAUCUCGAGAGAAAAUGAUGAAGCUUCGGGACAGCCUCCUAAUGGACAGUCGGAAGAAUCGAGUAAUGGAAGUGGGAAUAAACCUCCUGCUGGACCAUCGCCUUCGAGUGGAACAAGUAAUAGCGGGGGAGUAGAUCCUGGAUCACCUUCUGGAUCACCGGCUCCUUCGAGUGAACCGGGGAAUAGUGGCUCGAACGGAAAGGAAAAUGGAAAUGGAAAAAAACCGGCUCCUAGACCUCCUACUGCGAAUGCAUCAAAUAGUACUGAACCGGGAAAUAGUGGUUCGAAAGGAAAUGGGAAAGGAAAUAAACCGGCUCCUGGACCUCCUACUGCGAAUGCAUCAAAUAGUACUGGACCGGGAAAUAGCGGUUCGAAUGGCAAGGGGAAUAAACCGCCUCCUGCACCUCUUUCUCCAAAUGCAUCAAAUAGUACUGGACCGGGUAAUAGUGGUUCGGAAGGGAAUAAACCGGCUCCUGGACCUCCUGCUGCAAAUGCAUCAAAUAGUACUGGACCAGGUAACAGCGGUUCGAAUGGAAAGGGCAAUGGGAAAGGAAAUGGGAAUGGAAAUAAACCGUCUCCUGCACCUACUCCCUUGAAUGGACCUAGUAACACUGGGGGAGCGCCUCCUGGAUCACCUUCUGGAUCGCCGCCUCCUUCGUCGACUGGACCGGGUAGUAGUGGACCGGGGAAUAGCGGCUCGAGUGGGAAUGGGUCAUCGGGACCGUCGAAUGGACAGGGGGAUAAUGGAUCUAGUGGUUCGAAUGGUUCUAGCUCUGGGGAACCUAGUGGGGAGGCGAGCGGGAGUGGUUCAUCAGGACCAUCGAAUGGACCUUCGAAUGGGGGACAAAGUGAAGGAUCGGGCGGUAAUCAGUCUUAG